CUUUUCCAUUUCAUCUUCUUCUUAAAACAAUAAGCAAACAAAAACCCAAUAACAAUAUAUAUCAUAUCAAUCAAUAUGUGCGCAGUUGCACCCUCCACAACCCCCAUGACUCCUGUUUUCUCAUCUCCAAAGCUCCCUUCACUUCUUUGCAAAUCCUCCUCCUCUUCCUCUUCCUCUUCCUCUUCCCCUAGAUCCUUAUCCGCUCCAAUCAACCUUCAUGUUUCUGCAUCCCCUUCCCCCUCCUCCUCCUCUGUUUCCCAUCUUGAUACCCUUUUGAAGAGGAAGAGGCCCUCCAGAAUCCACUUGCCGCAGAGUAUGCCCUCCAUUGGAUUUGGAAUAUUCGACACGCCGGAAAUUAUGGAGGAGGAAGGAGAAGGAUAUUCCGUUUUUUCUAAAAGAGGAAGAAGACGAAUCAGUGCUAUGGAGGAUCGAUUCUCAGUUACCCUCGGGAUUCAAGCAGAUUCUCGACAGGCUUUCUUCGGAGUUUUCGACGGACACGGGGGAGCGAAAGUAGCGGAAAUCGCAGCGAAGCGAUUGAGUGAAAACGUAAUCGAUCAAGUAUGGAGAAGAACAGAAUCGGAAGUCGAGGAAGCGAUCAAAGACGGCUAUCUAAGGACGGAUCGGGAAGUAUCAGAGGAAGGCGUGAGCGGCGGCGGCGCUUGUUGCGUCACUGCAUUGAUACGGAACGGGAAUCUGGCGGUGUCGAACGUCGGCGAUUGUCGCGCGGUGUUGAGUCGAAAGGGAAGAGCGGAAGCCCUAACCUCGGAUCACAUGGCGGGAAGAGAAGACGAGAGAAACCGGAUCGAGAAAUCGGGCGGUUAUGUGGAUUUUUGCGGUGGCGGAUGGAGAGUUCAAGGAACAUUAGCCGUAUCAAGAGCCAUCGGAGAUGAGCAUCUGAAACAGUGGGUGAUUUCGGAGCCGGAGACGAGAGUGAUGAAAAUUGAAGAUGAUUGUCAUUUCUUGAUUCUUGCUUCCGAUGGUCUUUGGGACAAGGUUACAAAUCAAGAAGCAGUAGACAUGGUAGAAGCAGUUUGUGGCGUAGAGAUAGCGAAGAAGAAACCAAUUAAUCCAAAAUUGAUAAUGUCAGCAUGCAAACAGUUGGUGACAUUGUCAACAUCAAGAGGCUCACUCGACGAUACCACUGUUAUGAUCAUUAAAUUAAAUUAAGCCCUUUUCAUUAAUUAAUUAACCCCUAAUUUUAAUCUAAUUAAUCACUAUGACUAAGAUUAGUUAAGGAUUUCCUUUUUAGAAACCCCACUUGCUGAAGAACCGGUAAAAAAAAUAAGGCCGGUCCGGUUAGGCAACUUUGAUAUAUAUAUUUUUUUCUUGACAUUUUCCUUUCCUAACUGUCAAAAUCUUCCAACUGACCAAUUGGAGAUUUGUGGUUAAAGUUUUUUGGUUAAUUUCCAUAGAGUUUUCAUUUUAUUUUGUUAUUUUGUUAUUUAGGGUGAGACUCACUCUUUUAAGUUGUAGAUUAUAUUUCAUUAAUAAGUGGAUGAUUACUUUUAUCCACUUCUUUUUCCUACUUGAUUGUAGAAAUUACAAAUAAAUUUUAUCCUAAAGUAAGUAAGAACUUUUCUUAUGA